AUUGAAGUAUUUAGUGUUGUAACGCUUUGAUUUUGAUGAAAUCGUGUAUUAAAUAUAUGUACGACUUUUUACAUAUUCAUAUAUUUGGUUUUCCCGUACAUGUAAUACAUUCGGACAUUUCGCUUCACAGUACGCAGUAUCCAUAUCAGUGUCAUAAUGAUGGACGAAAACGAAGCUGCCUUAUUGCGUAUAAGUUUUGCUUCAGUUAAACGAAUAGAUCCAUACGUUAAAGAGAUUUUAGCCACUUCAUCACACGUUGCCUUAUAUAGAUUCAAUACAAUUACUAACGAAUGGGAAAAGACGGGAGUUGAAGGUGCUCUUUUUAUUUAUAGUCGAAAUGGUGAACCUUUCCACAGUAUUUUGGUUAUGAACCGAUUGGACCCUAAUAAUGUAAUAGAGCCCAUCGUCAAAGGAUUUGAAUACCAACUUCAAACACCGUUUCUACUUUACAAGAAUUCUCAUAGUAAAAUCUUCGGCAUUUGGUUCUUUAAAAGAGAAGAUUGCACCAGUGUCAUUUCUCUUAUAGACCUAGUAAUGGAAAAUUUAAAAGAAAAUUGCGAGGAGCAUGUUAAUAAAAAGGAAAAUGGCGUGGACAUUUUCAGUUUGUUGACCAAAGCUCAGCAAGAAUUCAACAGAACACCUACGAGACAAGAAACUGUGCCCCAAUUCGCAUCAACCCCAAGACUAACUGAUGUUACUUCCAAAAGUGUACAAGACUUUUUCGCCAAAGCAAGCACUAAAACAACACAAAAACCAGUUGAUACUGGUCAUGUGUUACAAAGACUUAUGUCAAAUCCUGCUCAUUCUGUUGAACAUAUUGAAAAACAACAACAAAGAUCUGUGACACCUCAAGAACCGCUACCAAAACAAUAUAUGUGUAUGGAAAAGAAAGCCAUUCCCAUCCCAAUACCUGGUAGAAGUGAUAGUCAUGGAAUGUGUGAAGGUAGUCUAGGUUCAAGUUUAGGUAUUUUACAAGGUCAUUCACCUUUAAGUUCACAAUUGACCAGUCAGUCAUUAUGUGAAGACAACCCAGAUUUAUUGGGAUCUUCUCCAUUCGUAUCAUUUAUGGAAAAUGCAAAACCUCUAUUGAUGACUCCGAUGAUGUUCACAACACCAUCGUCGUAUAAGGACAAAAACGAAGCAUUACAAGCUGGACUUGUUUCUUCUAUAAAUCAGAAUGAUCCAAAUGAUGGAAUAGAUUUAUUGACGGAGAAGCAGUUAGCACAAGCUCUUAUACAUAUGUUAAAGCAUAAUUCCGAUUUUACUCGACAAAUCCAUGAGGCAUAUGUCAAUUCGAUCAUGGAGAAAGUAAAGCCAACAUAACAAUGGAAUCUGUUCCACAGUUUUCUCAAUUUUAUUGCCAACUAUUAUGAAGGAUUUCAUCACAUUUUUUCUGAAAUCUGGCCAACUAGUCGUUUGUAUUGACAUUCAUAUUUUAUUUCUGACGUUUUAUUAUUUGAAAAUUUUUACUUGGGAAAUAAAGUUAUGAAAGAGAUCAACUGUACUAUUUAAGUUUAUUGUUUUUAAUAUUUCAUAUCUCUAUUUGAUCUCAUUUCAUUUUUGAUAGUCGUUCUGAAUUUCGUACAGAGUUUUUUUUGGACUCAUUAAAAAGUUGUUGAGCAGCUUUCAGGACCACUAUUGUUGACAUAAAUUUCUUGAAAAUGUGUAGAAAUUGUUAUUUCAGCUGCAAAACCUGAAAAAAUGUACUAUAUAUGAAAUUUUUCAUCUGAAAAGUUUUUCAAACAUGAACAGUUCUUAAUUUAUUAGAACAUUUUAUACUACCAUCGACAUUAUCUGCAUUUGAUAUUUAUAGUAGUUAUUAUGGUGUACUGUUCUUUUGACUGUUUAAGCAGUUUUUGGUUAAUAAUAAUAAUAUUACACAUAAUGAUGAGAA